ACGGCACUUUAGUUUUGAGUUCUGUAGUUGACGUAUGUAAUGUAGUAAGAAUACGUUAUAUUGAAAACGAACCCAAAACAGUCAGGGACCAGUUAAUCAACAACCAAGAUGAGAUCUGACCCUUGUCUUUUACUUAAAUUGUGUGAGAAUUUGCAUGAUCAAGACACUAGUUCCAUCCAAGUGAAGAUAACUAAAUUUCUUGAAGCUCAGACUAAUGCUCAGCAGAGUUUCCUUAUGUUUGUAUCUGAUGAUCAGGACGAACUUUGUUGCAAGGUGGUUGGAGACAAAGUCCUGGAUGAAGAAGUUAAGUUUCCUAUUCAAAGUAAUAGUUUUAGUACGGCAAUCGUUGAGAAGAGAUCACUUGUUUUGGAAGACAUAAAAAAUGAUCACCAGGACUUUCUUCAGAAGUUGCUGGGAUAUCAACCGGACACAUUAUUGUGUGUACCCAUCUUGCAUCCUAAAGACAGUGACAAAGUCAUUAUCUUAGCUAAUCUUGUAAACAAAGAAAGCUUUCUAGAGGAAGAUGAGGAGAUGGUAAUAGAAUGUUUCUCAGCUGUAGUACCUUUAUUGCUCAUGACUCAGGCUUACGAAGAAGAAAAACGUCUCAGAGAACAGUGCCAAUCUCUUCUUACUGUUGCAAAGAACCUAUUUACUCAUUUGGAUGAUGUUAAAUUACUACUCAAAGAGAUAAUGACAGAAGCCAGAAACCUCACGAGUGCUGAAAGGUGUUCUCUUUUUCUACUGGACAAAGAACAAAACGAGCUCAUUGCCAAAGUAUUUGAUGGAAAUUUGGCUGAUGAUGGAUCAGAGAACUUGUCUGAAGUGAGAAUUCCAGCAAGUCAGGGUAUAGCGGGCCAUGUGGCAACAACAGGAGAACUGCUUAAUAUCCAUGAUGCUUACGCACACCCUUUGUUCUAUAGAAAAAUUGAUGAAACAACAGGUUUUAAAACAAGGAGUAUCUUGUGCUUUCCUAUUAAGGACGAAAAUGGUGUAAUUGGAGUGGCAGAACUCUGCAACAAAAUUAAUAGACGAUUCUUCACUUCUUUUGAUGAAGAAAUUGCUAAAGCUUUUUCAAUUUAUUGUGGAAUUAGCAUAAUGCAUUCCCUCAUGUGGAAGAAGGUAAGGGAUGGACAACACAGAAGUCAGCUUUCCAAUGAAUUAAUGAUGUAUCACAUGAAGGUUUCACAGGAAGAAGUGACUAAUCUGAACCAAACAAAGAUUCCUAGGCCAUCAGAUUUUCAUGAAGACUUUUGUAAGUUUUAUUACACACCAAGAUUUGUGCCAGAAGCAGAGACUCCCUUGGCUGUAUUGUGCAUGUUUGAUGACCUUGGAAUGAUUGCUCGAUGGAGAAUAAGGAGAGAAACAUUGUCGAGAUUUAUACUAAUGGUUAGUAGAGGCUAUAGAAAUCCCCCAUACCAUAAUUGGAUGCAUGCAUUUGCUGUUUCGCACUUUUGUUUUUUGCUGCUUAAUAACCUUCGUUUGAUGGGAACUUACCUAAAGCAUAUAGAAGGCUUUGCAUUAUUUGUAGCUUGUAUGUGUCAUGAUCUGGACCAUCGAGGGACAAACAACUCAUUCCAACUUGCAUCAAAAUCUGUUUUGGCAGCAUUGUAUAGCUCAGAGGGCUCAGUCAUGGAGAGGCACCACUUUGCACAGGCUAUGGCCAUUAUCAACACUGAUGGAUGUAAUGUUUUUGAAAGUUUAUCUAAAAAGGACUAUACUAAAUGUUUGGAUUACAUGAGGGAUAUUAUACUAGCAACAGACUUGGCUCAUCACUUACGUAUCAUGAAAGACAUUGGUGAAAUGGCAGAAGUGGGCUACAGUUCUGAUGAUCCCCAGCAUCACAAGUUGCUGCUCUCUCUGCUUGUUACAGCAUGUGACCUCUCUGAUCAGACAAAGGACUGGCCUAGUUCCAAGAAAAUUGCUAAACAAGUGUAUAGUGAAUUUUUUUCACAAGGAGACCUUGAGAAGGCAAUGGGAAACAGCCCAAGUGAGAUGAUGGACAGAGAAAAGGCUUGUGUGCCACAACUACAAAUUGCCUUUCUCCAGACAAUAGUUCAACCUGUUUAUGAGUUGCUAGCCAAACUGUUCCCGGAAGCUGAAGAAACAGCCCAAGCAGUAGCUACCAACAAAAUGUAUUGGGAAAGAAUGCAAGAGAUAUAUAAACGUCGCCAUCUGACAAGCAGCUGUUCAUUGGAUUUGUUUGAAGACCAGAGCCUUGAGAAGGAAGUUCUAGAAGGCUUAAGUAACAGUAACAGAACAUGUUGAGCUUUCAUCUACUUGAUUGCCAAGGCUGUUGUCUGCUGUUAGUGAAUUCUUCAACCCAAAAGAAGACAUAAAAGUACAGUUUAGAAUCUUUGAGCACUAAAUAUAGAAUGAGAAAGAUGUUAGAAUAAGCUUAAUAUUCGACUUCCUGUACAAGAGUACACGUAGUCUAGAACAGUAGGCUCCAGAGGAUGUAGCAAUAAAUCGACACAAAACAGGCUAGUACAAUCACUACUAUGGCAGUUUCGCUUCAUUCUAUGCUAUUAUCAGUGUUUUGUUACACAUUCCUAUUGUGGAAACUUUGUGUGCUCUAACAGAUUUUGCUCAUUUAUUACAUGUUCAAUUGACAUGCAUUAUAUUUAAGGGUUAUAACUGAUGUAUGUGUACCAUUAUUAUGAUGAAGGAGUGAUAAUCUUUUCAGGUAGAAUUGUAAGAUUGUUAAAACCCUAAGUCCAUUAGCACAAGGUAAAGGAACAACUAGCAUUAUUGUGAUUUUAGUAAGGUUCAAGAGUUUAAUACAAUUCAUUAAUGUUGUCAGACAUUUAUUUACCUUGUGGUAUCUAAAAUAUGGCUGCCGUAAAUGAUGUUAGCAAAAUACAUAAUUUAGACAGUCAUUUUAAGUGUUAAAUGAUCUAAAUAACAACUUACAAUGUAAUUUAAUAUUUGUUGAAAAAUGAAUUGGUAGUUUUUUAUUUUUUAUAAGAACAGUAAUCUGGAAGAUUAAAGGUUGAAUUCUUUUUUAAAAAUGUUUUAUGAACUUGAUUCUACCAUAAGCUUUAAUCAAAAGUGUGCUAUUUUGUGAUUUUAAUACAAUUUAUGAAUGUGCAUUAGUUAAUCAGAUUAAUUGUUAAAUGAUUGAAAUAACAAAUUACAUGUAUUUUAAUUUUUUUGUAAAAAAUUUGGUCAGUCAUAUUGUUACUUUUUUAAAUCAUGAGAAUAAUAAUCUUGAAGAUAAAAGUUUGAAAUAUUUCUAAACAUUUAUUGUGUACUUGAUUUCACUCAGUAGCUUCAAUCAAAAGUGUAUUAUUAUUUAUCAGAGUGCUAAUGGUGCUGUUUUUAAAGUCUAGUUCCAAAAGCAACUGAACAAAACAUGCUUUUCAAAAUAUUAGGGGAUGAGUGAAUUUCCUGAAAAGCCAUUACUACUCUAUCGAGCAGUAUACUCUUUGUUCUUAAGUUUGUAUAUAUUAGUUAUAGUAGAAAAUUUGUUGAAAUAUUGUUCAGUUAUUUACACACACAAGAAAAGAACUCUGAAAAAUAUUAAUCCCAUUCAGAAAAGAGUGAAAAAAAAAUAAAAAUAUGAAGAGAAAGGAAAUUUUCUCGUAUUCCUUGGAUAAGAAUAUUGAUGAAAAUAACCUGACAUCUUUUCAGGGAAUGUGUAAAUUAGUUGUUCUUGUGUUUGUAUUGUUUAAAUGUGAAGAGAAAGAAGUUUUGUCUAAUUACUCAUAUACAGGGGUGAAAUUCUGCCAGUACUGAGUACCGAAACAUAUUUUUUAAGGCAGUACUAGUAUCAGGACUUAUUUGAGCUGCUUUUUCGGAGGAUGCACGGGUGUUCCAUUGUUCCAUCAUUUAUUCAUUGACACUCAACUUGUCAUUUUUUGUUUAUAUGUAAAUUUAUUUUUAUUUUUCAAAAACAGGUCCACUUCACCCAGCUGAGUAGUAUAGAUAGAAUUUCACCCCUGAUGAAAUAAAAAUACUAUUGAAAAUAAUCUUAACAUCUUUUCAAGGCAUGCGUUAGUUUGUUAUUCUCAUGUUUUUAAUCUGAAUAAGGUUGCUAUGAAUAUAAUUUGAGAGAGUGGGAUUAUUUAUAUAGUUAAUAGUUCGAGGUUUCUAACUUUGAUGUUGAUAAUCUGUACUUAAGGAAAUUCUGACACUGAAAAGAACAUUAGAAGUUAUCUGUUUACUCUGAAUAAGAACUAAUCAAAUAACCAUAAAAAGUUUGUGAAUUUGAUCUAAUUUUUAAAGUUUUUCAACGUAUAUGUUGAAUAGAAUUUUGAACUGGGGUGUAUAUAUAUAUAUAUAUAUAUUUGUAAUUUAUUGGUUACCAUUGAAUAUUGUUUGUAACAUUAUAAAGUUUGUGAGCAACAUAUAAUGUUUAAUCAUAUGUUCAGUUGUUUCCAAUUCUUUUGCUUCCUGAGAGAUAAAGCAUGUAUUACUCUGACUUGAAACAUAAAUAACUGAUUGAAUUUUUGCCACCAGAAAUAAAACUAAACAAUUAAAAAUCAUUUGAUCUUUAAUUAUAUAAGUGUCAGAUGAUUUUAUAAAAGUUCAAAUUCAUUUUGAAACAGACAAACUUCGCUUGAUAAAAUGUUCACAAUUCCAAGAAGAAAAUAAGCUAAUUAGUUCCACAAGAAAAGUUAAGAUUUGUAUUUAAAAUAAAGUUAAAUUAUUACGAUAAUUGUAGCAGUGUGUUAGAGAAACAAUUAAUUGGUCAUUUUUUAUAAAUGUUUGUGUUACCCCAGCAAUUUCUUUGAUCUAUUUUUUUUCUAACAGGAUUUUAUUUUAAAGACCAUAAAGUUUUCAUUUAUUAUUUUACUUUACUUACCUUCUUGAAAUAGC